ACCUGCGGCCGCCGGGGCGAUGCCCACCAUGCGGAGGACGGUGUCGGAGAUCCGCUCUCGCGCUGAGGGUUAUGAGAAGACAGAUGAUGUUUCAGAGAAGACCUCGUUGGCUGACCAGGAGGAAAUACGGACUAUAUUCAUCAACCAGCCUCAGCUGACAAAAUUCUGCAACAACCAUGUCAGCACCGCAAAAUACAACAUAAUCACAUUCCUUCCAAGAUUUCUCUACUCUCAGUUCAGAAGAGCUGCUAAUUCAUUUUUUCUCUUUAUUGCACUGCUGCAGCAAAUACCUGAUGUAUCACCAACUGGUCGCUACACAACACUGGUUCCUCUCCUAUUUAUUUUAGCUGUGGCAGCUAUCAAAGAGAUAAUAGAAGAUAUUAAACGGCAUAAAGCUGAUAAUGCAGUGAACAAGAAACAGACCCAAGUUUUGAGAAAUGGUGCUUGGGAAAUUGUUCACUGGGAAAAGGUGGCAGUAGGGGAAAUAGUGAAAGUGACCAAUGGGGAACAUCUCCCAGCAGAUCUCAUCAGUCUGUCCUCCAGUGAGCCCCAGGCCAUGUGCUACAUUGAAACUUCCAACUUAGAUGGUGAAACAAACUUGAAAAUUAGACAGGGAUUACCAGCAACCUCAGAUAUCAAAGACAUUGACAGUUUGAUGAGAAUUUCUGGCAGAAUUGAGUGUGAAAGUCCAAACAGACAUCUCUAUGACUUUGUUGGAAACAUCCGGCUUGAUGGACAUGGCACUGUUCCCCUGGGCGCAGAUCAGAUUCUCCUUCGAGGUGCUCAGCUGAGAAAUACACAGUGGGUUCAUGGAAUAGUUGUCUACACUGGACAUGACACCAAGCUGAUGCAGAACUCGACAAGUCCACCGCUUAAGCUCUCAAAUGUGGAACGGAUCACAAAUGUGCAGAUUUUGAUUCUAUUUUGUAUCUUAAUUGCCAUGUCUCUUGUCUGUUCUGUGGGCUCAGCCAUUUGGAAUCGAAGGCAUUCUGGAAAGGACUGGUAUCUCAACCUAAACUAUGGUGGCGCUAAUAAUUUUGGACUGAAUUUCUUGACCUUCAUUAUCCUUUUCAACAACCUCAUUCCUAUCAGCUUGUUGGUUACAUUAGAAGUGGUGAAAUUUACCCAGGCGUACUUCAUAAAUUGGGAUCUUGACAUGCACUAUGAACCCACAGACACAGCUGCAAUGGCCCGAACAUCUAAUCUGAAUGAGGAACUUGGCCAGGUUAAAUACAUAUUUUCUGACAAAACUGGCACCUUGACAUGCAACGUAAUGCAAUUUAAGAAGUGUACCAUAGCAGGAGUUGCUUAUGGGCAGAGCUCACAGUUUGGAGAUGAAAAAACAUUUAGUGACUCAUCCUUGCUGGAAAAUCUCCAAAAUAACCAUCCAACUGCACCUAUCAUCUGUGAAUUUCUCACAAUGAUGGCAGUCUGUCACACAGCAGUCCCUGAGCGUGAGGGUGAGAAGAUUAUUUACCAAGCAGCAUCUCCAGAUGAGGGCGCGUUGGUCAGAGCAGCCAAGCAAUUGAAUUUUGUUUUCACUGGAAGAACACCUGACUCAGUGAUUAUAGAUUCACUGGGGCAGGAAGAAAGAUACGAAUUACUCAAUGUCCUGGAGUUCACCAGCGCCAGGAAAAGAAUGUCAGUGAUUGUUCGCACUCCGUCCGGGAAGUUACGACUUUACUGCAAAGGAGCUGACACUGUAAUUUAUGAGCGACUGGCAGAGACUUCAAAAUACAAAGAAAUCACUUUAAAACAUUUGGAACAGUUUGCUACAGAAGGGCUCAGAACUCUGUGUUUCGCUGUGGCCGAGAUUUCGGAGAGCGACUUUCAGGAGUGGCGCACGGUGUACCAGCGAGCGUCUACCUCUGUGCAGAACAGGCUGCUCAAGCUCGAAGAGAGCUACGAGCUCAUUGAGAAGAAUCUUCAGCUGCUUGGAGCUACAGCCAUUGAGGAUAAAUUGCAAGAUCAAGUGCCUGAAACCAUAGAAACCCUAAUGAAAGCAGACAUCAAAAUUUGGAUCCUUACAGGGGACAAGCAAGAAACUGCCAUCAACAUUGGACACUCCUGCAAACUUCUGAAGAAGAACAUGGGAAUGAUUGUUAUAAAUGAAGGCUCAUUGGAUGGCACAAGGGAAACCCUCAGUCGUCACUGCACUACUCUUGGUGAUGCUCUUCGGAAAGAGAAUGACUUUGCUCUUAUAAUUGAUGGGAAAACCCUCAAGUAUGCCUUAACCUUCGGAGUAAGACAGUAUUUCCUGGACUUAGCUUUGUCUUGCAAAGCUGUCAUUUGUUGCAGGGUUUCUCCUCUUCAAAAAUCUGAAGUUGUGGAUAUGGUGAAGAAACAAGUGAAAGUCAUAACACUUGCAAUCGGUGAUGGAGCAAAUGAUGUGAGCAUGAUACAGACAGCGCAUGUUGGAGUAGGGAUAAGUGGCAAUGAAGGCCUGCAGGCGGCCAAUUCGUCUGAUUACUCUAUCGCUCAGUUCAAGUAUUUGAAGAAUUUAUUGAUGGUUCAUGGUGCCUGGAACUAUAACCGAGUCUCCAAGUGCAUCUUGUAUUGCUUCUACAAGAACAUUGUCCUCUACAUUAUCGAGAUCUGGUUUGCCUUUGUUAAUGGUUUCUCUGGACAGAUCCUCUUUGAAAGAUGGUGUAUAGGUCUCUAUAAUGUGAUGUUUACAGCAAUGCCUCCCUUAACUCUUGGAAUAUUUGAGAGAUCGUGCAGGAAAGAGAACAUGUUGAAGUACCCUGAGUUAUACAAAACGUCUCAGAAUGCCCUGGAUUUCAACACCAAGGUUUUCUGGGUUCAUUGUUUAAAUGGCCUCUUCCACUCAGUUAUUCUGUUUUGGUUUCCACUAAAAGCCCUUCAGUAUGGUACUGUGUUUGGAAAUGGGAAAACCUCCGAUUAUCUACUGCUGGGCAACUUUGUUUACACUUUUGUGGUGAUAACUGUGUGUUUGAAAGCUGGAUUAGAGACAUCAUAUUGGACCUGGUUCAGCCACAUAGCGAUCUGGGGCAGCAUCGCGCUCUGGGUGGUGUUUUUUGGGAUCUACUCAUCACUGUGGCCGGCCGUCCCGAUGGCCCCAGACAUGUCGGGAGAGGCAGCCAUGUUGUUUAGCUCCGGAGUCUUUUGGACGGGUUUGUUGUUCAUUCCUGUGGCGUCUUUGCUUCUUGAUGUGGCAUACAAGGUUAUCAAGAGGACCGCUUUUAAGACGUUAGUAGAUGAAGUUCAGGAACUGGAGGCAAAAUCUCAAGACCCAGGAGCCGUUGUGCUGGGGAAAAGCCUCACUGAGAGAGCGCAGCUGCUCAAGAACGUCUUUAAGAAGAACCACGUGAACUUGUACCGGUCUGAGUCGCUGCAACAAAACCUGCUCCAUGGGUACGCUUUCUCUCAAGAUGAGAAUGGGAUCGUUUCACAGUCUGAAGUGAUUAGAGCAUAUGAUACCACGAAACAGAGGCCCGACGAGUGGUGAUGACAAGGGGCAGGGGGGCAGGCCCUGCUCCAUCUCUUAGGAGAGCUACAGGUCAACACCGCAGUCUGCUGACCAAUUCCAGCCUGGCCCAUGGGCAGGAAAGGUGGAUCUGAGCUCAUCUCACAGCUGGACCUUCGGAUUCGUGUACAUCAUAGACAUAAGCACUGUGCGACUAGACUGUAACACCAUCUCUCUCAGAUUUUUUAAAGUAUUUGCUAAGUCUUUGUAAACAGCAAUUGAAAAUGAUCUUGUAUCUUGCAAUAGGUCAGCGUUCUUAUGCCGUUACUCUGGGACUAUGACUGACUAUCAGUUUACUGGCUCUGCCACGUGGUGACCAACCAUUAAAACAACUCUGAAGUGGUAUGAAGUUAACAGGGACUCAACAUCCAGGCGUAGAUCGCAGGGCAUGCUGAAACAAACCAGCAUUAAGGAACGGACUCACCUUACUGAGCAUCUCGCAACAAGGCAUUAAUAAGUGUUCGUGUCAAACAUUGUCUUGAUAAAUGUUUGCCAAAGAAGUUCAGUAAGUGUAUUUCUCAUCCAGUAGUCAUCUGCCCAGAAAUUUAAGGGAAAGUUUACUUCCAGUUCUGCUGUGAGAUCUGCAUGCUUGACUUUUCCAAUGUAAGAGUGAUUUGCAAAAUGACUGUCUCAAGGCAUUUGCUACUCAAAUCUGUGAUGUUGCACCUUUGGCCUUACAAAUGCUUCUUCAUUGUCUGUCUUGUUGACUUGCUAGAGGGCACAAGUGUUAAUGUGACUCUGUUGUUAAGAAUACUUAUCUUCAAACUUGUGUUAAUGUCUCUGUCACUUCUGAUGAGGUUUCUUCACUUUUUAGAUUUUUCUUGAAAAUUUGGCUUCUGCUAUAGAUUGAGUAAUGUCAUUUUGUCUUCAAGUUUUCCCCCUUAAAAAACACAGGCUUACCUAUUUAUGUGGGCUUUCCAAAGCUUCUGUGUAGGUGUUGGAUAAUGUGUUGGGUGAAUGCAUGGGCUUCUGUCAUGUGCAUAGGCUCGGCUCUUGUGACCCAUCUUGGUUCUUACAGCUGGGGAUGCCUGCUGUCCUGUGCAUCAUACUCAGUGUUCCGGUGACUGUUCCAGUACUUAAGACUCAAAAUUAUUUCACAAUUCACUUAGCAAGCAGUUCCCCAAAUGAGUCACAGGCUGAUUGUUGGGACAAACCAGUGCAUUUUCCCCAUUUUAAAAACACCUGUCUUACUCAGCCUGUAACUUUCCAAAGAACACUUUUCAUAAGUGGAUUUCAUUCAGAUGUCUGAAGAUGUAUGUUCAGUUUAUUUUCAGCAUUUCCCAGACAUCUCCUGGAAAUGCCUAUUUUGCUACCAACAGUAAAUGAUGGGCUAUUUAAAAACUACAACCAGUUUUCUACACUAUUUUUAAAGUAAUGCUUUCAGUUAAAAAGGAAAAAAAAGAAUUCUAGUUUUCAGAUACAUUUUGGAGGCUUAAGCAAACUGUUUGCCUUUCCUUCAGAAGCCUGUUUGCCUUUAAGUGGACUUAACCAGCAAAAUAGGUAAACUUCCUCUUUAAAAAAAAAAAAAAAGUAAAAGCCAAAAGAAAAUCAACGAGAAAAAUAAAGGAGAUUGUCUGAAUCACCCCUUGAGUUUAAUCAUCUCCCAUUCUUUUUGCUCAAUCUAGAUUUAAAAUUAGGAUGUAUAUCAUUUCCUUCUCUGUAUUUGCUGUUAUUUAGCUCCCAGUGUGCCUCUACGGUUUCAACAAAUAAGAGGUUAUAACAUACAGACAUAAUUCUAACCUACAGGGAACAAGGGGUUCACAUCCUCCUCUUCCCAGACCCUUCCCGUGCAGGGCUCAGGGUGAGAGAGUCGUGAAUCAAAACAUCUAGUAAGACCACAGGUGUAGAGUCCAAGGUCAUCAUCAAGACUCCAAAGCCAUCCUCUGAAGGGACAUUCAGGGCGGCUUUUCCGGGGCCUCCCAGUGGCGAGAGCUGAGGUCAAACCACGAAACUCAGAAAGCAAGACUGAAGGGCACCCCUGGGAGAAACAUUGCACAGCAGUCCCAGAGAAGAGCUGUGUGCCUUUGCCUCCAGGAGACCAGUGACCACUGCCUCCAAGACUUGAGUAUCAAAGUGUUACAGAGUAGAACUGGAUUUUCUGACUAAAACAUGGAAGCAAAGUUCUAUUUUGAUCUUGAAUCUGGGAAUCUAAGAAUCCUGCUGGGUGACAAUUUAGUGCAUGACAUUGUGAACUCAAAUGUGAAAUGGUCCUCAUUUAGGCCUUUUUGUCCUGAGGUCCUAUUUUUGAAUUAUUGGCAUUAAGUCAACCUCUUUGCUUCUUGGGUCAGGGUAGGGAGUGGGGCAUGACCUCCUUGGUAAAAAUUUAAAAUACAUCAUUGCAAUUGCAUUGACUUUAUAAUGUUAAAUUACAGAAAAAUGCUCUGAUAUUUUUAAACUUCCUUAAUGGAAAAAAAAAGAGUCACAUAGUUUUACUAGGAUUCAAAUGAGCAGUGGAAAUGACUUUGAACAUGUAUUUUCUGAAAUAAAGGACACACUCUUCACUUAAAAGUUCCUACAGAGACUCGAGCAGAUGCUAACACGGUUGUUUUACAGUGUUUACAAUUCAGAAAAUACUACUUAUAGUACAAAAUCCUCAUCCUUUUAACAUUGAAAAGCUGGGAGUUGCUUCUUUAACGUCAAAUAGCACACAGUCCAGUACCAAGCAUAGACUUUCUAAACAUUUUAUAUAGACUUAGGAAAAUGUAUUGAUGGCUCACACCCAGAAAGACUCUACAUUGUAGCAGUUAUUCCCAGGAAAACAGUGCUUCUCAGGAACGUGGUAGGUUUCAAGUGACAGAAGAACUUCCGGUCCUCCCGUCUCCACUCUGUGCUGUACUGAGAGACUGCGUGAGCAGCAUGCCUGGGAAACCUUUUCUGAUGAAGUCAGGUGAAUGUGUACUCUGCUAAACAGGCGGAGCCACUUACUUGCGUUGUGUAGUCAUGGACUGGACUCGAAGAUUCCUCUGAAUUUCCAGGGGGAAAAAUGAAUUCUAAGAUAUCAAUCAGCAUUUAUUCUGACCAUUAAUUUUAUAUUUUCAUUUUGCAGUUCAACACUGUAAAUAGCCAACAUGAAAGUCAUGGUAUAAUUUAUUCUACCUUGUGUGCAUUGUCCAGUACUUACAACCUGUCAUUUAAAAGGUUCAUUCAGGAAAUGAGUGCUAGGUAGAAAGUCGGAGAUGUGUAUUUCAUAAUUUUUAAUUAUUUAUAACUCACAAUUAAAAAGCUUCAUAGACAUUGGUGUUUAUUUUCAUGCAGUUGUCCUUUGAUAGUUCCUAGUUUGUAAACAUAUUUCAUUAAACAAAUCUAAAAUCUUAUAAAUAAUCAUCUACAAAAUUUAUCAAGAAAUGACCAGCCCAUCCACAUCAUCAUGGAAUUCUUUUGGUGAAUUACUUACCGUAACACCAUACAGUUCAGUGCCUAUAAAAAAAUGCUUUUUAAGGAUGAACAUUUCUAUAAUGCCUCCUAAAGAGAACAUAGUCUGAUUUUUCUCACAUUAAAAAAACUGUAGUCAGUUGUGGAGCUUGGUUAUACUUUGCUGCAUUUUAAUUAACCUUCAACAGCUAUUAAAAUGGAAUGUAAGUUAAAUUUUGAAGGAAAUGAAAUAAAUGUUUUCCAUUUUCAUCAUGAUUUAUUUUCUGUAUGAGAGCAGCUGUGUUUUUGAUAGGUUUAUGGUUUGCAUGAAUUAAUAUUUAAAGUGAUCCAGGCCAAUGCAUGGCUAUUGCUGUAAAUCUUAAUGUUUAUUUCUGCCUUAUAAAAUUCUGUCAUUGCCUACCUGGAAUUUAGUGGUCAGUGGACAAAUUAAUUGGUCCCCUACAAAACUUUUUUCAUAAAUAGAUUAUUUUACAAACAAAAUUGAACAAAUUUAAUUGAAUCUUUUGUUUAACUCACCUCUAAGAACUUUGCUUAACAAAGCUCACAAAACUUCUCAGCAAAUAAAUCUCCCUUAAGUAGUAAAAACCUAGAUCUCCUAUUGGCUUACUUUGAAUUUACAGCAGCUCUCUCUAGUUGAAGUCGGCUCUUGCAGAUAUGUGAGUAAGAUAUUAAAUAAAUAAAUACUUUUAUGUUUCAUGGUUCUAGAAUAGAAGCCAUAAAUGCAGUUU